AUGAUUUAUUGGCUCCCAUUAUACAUCUCGGUUGGAAUCGUUGGGACUCUCAUAGUCAUAGCGCCGUGCCUUUGGUGGACGUAUAGAGAGAGGCGAAAGGAGUUGAAGCACAUCAAACGUGACUUGAGAACUUCCGAGAGAAGAGCAGAUCGACUACCGGAGUUGGAGGCGGAUCUUAGGCGCUUGAGGACGGAGCGAGAUCGAUUGAGGACGGAGCGUGACAAUCUCAGGGCAGAGCUAGCCGACGUCAGAGGGCAACACAAUGCAGCAAGCCAGCGAUUACAGCAGCAACUUCGUGACAGCCAGGCUCAUGGUGAUGAUAUACAAGCCCAAUUACAUGCCAUUCAAGGAAGACAUAAUGCGAAUGUCCAUCAAUUGCAGGAAAUCAGAGCCGAUCGCGACGACAUAAGGGCUCAGAUGCGAACCCUGGAGGAGAGAUACGACUUCGUUACUCAGCAGCACCGUGAGAUGGCAGCACACAACCGAGGAUGA